UUAGUACAACAAGAGGUUGCAGCACCAUUCCUAAUUUAGUAUUACAGUAACCUUAGAAACUGUGCACUCUUAAUUAUUGCCAGAUUCCCUGUGAAUCAUGAAAUCUUGCUUACCUAAGAUUUUUCCUCCUAUUUUGUAUUUUAGGCAAACUUAUUCAUUUGUUUGGUUCACAGAUAAAAUUUUCUAUGUUUGCUUUGCUUUAUGCUACUUUUUGUCUUGUAACAUAUCCAUGCAUUUUAGUGGGAGCGUAUCAUCAACGAUGAAACUGUAGGACGUUUUCUUUCCGUCACAGAGCAUAGAGAAGUUUAAUUUUAGUACAAUAUUUAUAUCAAUAAAUUUUGAUGUAUUAGGACUGUAUCGUGGUCCGUCACUACGAGUGGUAACUGUUUAGUCCUGCGGUGCUUUUACUGGAAGAAUAAGAGCCGUAACGGGAUAUAUUUCUACCCUCAAGUCAUUCACCGUUACUUACGCAAAUAGUGAGCGCUAGGUGGCUCAUUUCUUACUGUGCGCUAUAAUGACUUCAUUUAUCCAGAUCUCUUUGCGCGUCUUGCAUAUGUGUAAUUGUUGUCGCAUGUCUAACGGAAGACGCCAAAACGAAACACGAUAAAUAUAUGUCGUGUUUUCGUGUCGGUGGGUCGAAACACGAAAACUUAACAAGUAAGGUAUUUGUCGUGUUUUAGUGUCGUGGGGACGAAGUUACGACAAUACCACCACACGACAAAUCAAGGACGCCAACACGAUAUAUUCAUACCCACCAACAUGAAAACUCAUCUAGCAUAAAACUUCUGUUCUUGUCACUUUUCUGAGGUGCGUGACAGGAAAGUAAACGCUAUGUUAAUAGAGAGACUCUCGCGCUCAAGUGCUGUUAAGGCAUCGCCACAGUAGCGGCCAUUUUACUCAACAUUUUACAUGCAAAUUUUCAUAAAAAAAUAUAGAUGACUAAGUGGUAACAAUAAAGUCAAUAAUUUUGCCAUAAUUAUGUUCUAAAUAUCUAUGUGAACAUAUGCCAGUAAAAGGAUGUGCAUAUCACUACUUUCAAAAUGACAUAAUAUUGCAAUUUUACGUGCAGUCAAACAAUAUAUAUGUGUUAUCACUACUCGAUAUUUAAAGAUUAUUAGAUUUGUAUCCAGAAAUAUGAAUGAGUUCUGCAGAGGAAAUAUUGCGCGACUUUAGGAAUGCGAAAGAACGAGUGCAUAUUUCUCGAUGCAAAUCUAAUGGUUAGCGUAGUGUUGCGUUGAACCUGGAACAACUGAUACGUAUUAGACCUUCCUGGUUGAACCAUCGAUGUGUACAUUUUGAAUAAAAUUUACUCGGGGUUGUCUUUUUGCGUCAAAUGCAAUAACCAGGAAUAAUUUCGACAAAAAAAAAUCCAUAACAGUUUGUAGUAUACAUAUUGUACUUUAAAAAGAACUAAAUUUUGUCUUUUUAAUAUGUUAUAAUGGAGUUUGACUGCGCGUAAGAUUUCAAUAUUUUGGGGUAAACUUUCGGUCUAAACGAGACUCAAACAUUUUACAAGUGGCGUAUGUACUAUAAAUCAUCAUAUGUUUCAUAUGUUCCAUGUUGAUGAUAGUUUGACCAACUGUUAUGGCUUUAGUGCAAUUUUUAAGAGAAAAAUACUCGGCCUGAAAAUAUGAACUGAUAUUGAGUUGUGACUUUGGCGGUGCCUUAAAAUACUUUUUAUAUAUGCGCGUUCCGUGGCAAAGCGUAAACAUAUUACAGCACGAAAAACGUUAACUUACGCAGACAUUCCCGCGCAUUUCAUGAAAAUUUAAUGACGUUGAUGGACAUUCUAGCAUAAAACUGCUGUUCUUGUCACUUUUCUGGGGUGUUUUAACAAGAGAGAAAACGUGUGUUAACAGAGAGAUUCUCGCACUCACGUGCUGUUAUAACACCUUUUAAUAUUUGUGCGCUCCGUGGUAAAAGUCUAUACAUUUCUUUAAAACCGCCGUAUUUUCAGUAGGGAAAACAUGGAAAAUUUACGAAUUGAGACAAUAGAAAUGCAUACGGGAGGUGAACCAUUGAGGAUUGUGAAAUCUGGAUUACCUAUGGUUCCGGGAGAAACGGUUUUCGACAAGAUGAGAUAUUUAAAAGAGAAUUUAGACAGUCUGAGGAAAUUGAUAAUCUUUGAACCGCGUGGCCACUAUGACAUGUUUGGUGUGUAUCUCGUUGAUGUUGAGGGUGCAGAUAUAGGAUGUAUUUUUAUUCACAAUGAAGGAUAUAGUACAAUGUGUGGCCACGCAGUGGUCGCACUCGGGAGAUAUGUCAUAGACCAUGGUAUUGUACGGGAACCAGUAUCGCCUGAGACCAGGAUCGUGAUGCAGUGUCCAUGUGGCCCUGUUGAAGCAUUUGUCCAAUACGAACACGGAAAAACGGGAAAUGUUCGAUUUAUUAGCGUUCCUUCAUUUUUGUUUCAAAAAGAUGUAGAAGUUGAUGUUCCCGGCUACGGUAUUGUGACUGUAGACAUCAGUUACGGUGGCGCAUUCUAUGCCUUUCUGCCAGCCGAACGGCUAGGAUUUGAUCUGUCCACUACACCCACUGAUCAGCUACGCAAUGCCGCAGGCACAGUUACAGAGGCAUUGAAGGGUGUUUUGAAACUGACCCAUCCUGAGAAUUCGGACCUGGCUUUCCUGUAUGGUACUAUGCUGACAGAUGGAAAAGAUGAAUACAGCGAUGCUUCACAUUUGUGUGUUUUUGCGGAUAAAGAGGUUGACAGGUCACCGUGCGGAUCGGGAUCUACAGCACGUAUCGCACUACAGUUUCAUCGGGGGUUGAUCAAACUCGGUCAGAAACGUACAUUCAGAGGUCCUGCCGGAUCAAAGUUUGUCGCAAGGGUCGUUAAACAAGUGAAUGUUGGCUCACAUGACGCGGUAAUUGUUGAAGUGUCCGGCAAAGGACACUACAUGGGGUCCAGCGUCUUUACACUCGAAGCGGACGACGAAAUAGGGAAAGGAUAUUUGUUGAAAUAAAAUCUGCAAAUGUUCGAUGCAGGCUUUGGGGUUUUUUUUGCAGCCGAACACCUAAUGCUUGAUGAAAUAAAGUUUUCAUCACUUCAUCUUACAAGUUGCAAGGACUACACUCCCUAUCUUCUAAACUCAAAUAAAGGACUGUGUUACUGUACAGAAACUCCCAAAAUAUUGCAAUCCAGCUGGAUUUAGAAAUAACAAGCAAAUUCAGUGAAUUUAUAUCCCCGCCGAAUAUGUUGUUUCUGUGAAUGAGGGGACUAUAUUUUGAGACCUAUCUGAUAUAUGGGCUUUCCUUGGAACGAAAUCAGCUCGUUUGUAUAUUUCGGACAUUCACUAUUUUACUUUUCUUUUCAAGACUGGGUUUAGGUCAUUAAAAUAUGAAAUGAUAUGAUAGUAUCCACAGUGUCCAAUGGUUACUUUAAAGGGUUAGGAAAGCCUGACAAUUAAUUUUAUAUGAAAGCCGUCUUCAAGCCAUUCAUAAUGCUGGAAGAAUUUUUAAAAUCGGAUUACUAUUGAAAAAGAUAUGGAAGUUUAAAUUUAAGAAAAUGGCUAAUCAUGGAGGCAGCCAUUGUAGUGUGUUUAUGACGUCAUUUACACACUGCUGAAUUCUUAUUUAGCAAAUUAUCUUUUAAAUAGAUUAAUUUUCAUAUGUUUCUUGAGUGUAAGGUGUAAAGUAUGAUAAUUUCUUUUAUUAUAGCUGGAAAAAGUACAGAAAUUGUUUUACAAAAAUAAGUAAAUACAGUUCAAAUGUGUGUCUAAAAUUUCAUAAAUCCGCCAUUUUGUUUUUUUGUUGCCAUGGAAACAAAAUGGCCGCCAAUUUGAACAAAUAUUUAAGUGCUCAUAACUUUCUCAUUUUUACUCAGAUUUUGAAAAUUCUUUCACUUCUUUAAAUGAUUUAAGAAAUCUCAGCAGACGAAAUAAACGUAAAAACAAGGUUGCCUUUCCCUUUAAGAUGCUGGAUAAUCUCAUAUCAAAAGGAGCGGUUCUGGGUGAUUUUCGGUGAGAUUGUCUUUAUCUGUUAUUUUGAAAUUAUUGUCAAUGACGGCAUGCAGCGCAAGAUGUGCUCCCAUUUCAGAAUACUCGUUGCAAAUUUUGAAUCACAGUAAAUUAGAUCGUUCUAGUGAAUUGGACACAAGAUUUCUUUGACACUUGGUUGCAAGGAAUAUCCCUGAAAUUCGAGAGAAACAGUGGUUUUACAAAUUUCCAGCUUGCACGCUUGUAGAGUCAUUAUGUUAUUUUUUCUAACAUGUUUAAAGUUUCCUGAAUUCUACAAAAUUGAAUGAAAUUGAGUAAAAUGUAGACCAGUACCAAUAUACAAUUAACAUAAUUUCGUACCUAAUCAAGUGUCAGCGCUAAUGACCUUAGGGUAAAUUGCUGAUACGUUAUAUGUCUAUUAUUUAUACAACAGGUCAAAGCCGCUGAAGUAUAAAAUAUUUUUAUAGCUCUUUGAAAAGGUUUAUGGCUUAUAUCCGGUGGGGUAUAUGUGACGCGACAUUCGGUAUAUGUAUAGUUUAUACAAGUUUAGUGUUAAUAUCUGGGUUCUUUGGGGUCUCCGACCAAACGAAAGUGUGACGUAUCAGCAUAUUUAAUGACCAUAGUUUAAUUUAACUUCAAAUGGGGGAGUAAUCUGUUAAGUGUUAUGUUUACAGGGAGACGCUCAAAAUCUCCUCAGUCAAAACCCCCUUGGCUGAAAAAUGACAUAGUGAUUUUGUUUUGUUAUAUUCAUUUUUAUUUGAUUACGUUGCGCUGCGUAGUUUCGGCCGUUUCCGGCCAAACUAAUCAAUCGUAGGCUCAGCGAAAUUUGAACUUUGAGACCAGGGGCCGUAUUCAUAAAGCAUCUUAAGUAUAAGUUUUGACUUAAGUUUAAGAUUUUACUUAAGUUUGUGGUCAUUUCAACUUAAGUCUAAGUAAAAACUUAAGUUCUAGUCAUAAAACAGAUAAAACUUAAGAUACGUAAGAAAUGACUUAAGUCGGAAAAUAAAAUAGCGUGGUGAGUACGAUUAACGUGUUGUUUUCAGAUAAAAGCACUUUAAACAUAAUUGUGCAUGUUGUAUCUGUCUAAAAUUAAUGUUCUUUUUUAAUGUUUUCGUCCACAAUAAAAACAAGAAUACUUAUUAAGUUGUUUUAUGAAUAACAAAUAUACUUAAGUAAAAUAAAUUUCUAACCUAAGUAAUACUCAAUACAAAUGUUAUGCAACUGCAUAACUGUCAAUUUUCACUAAGAAAUGCAGAAUUUAUAGAUUGUAUAAUUCCUUAAAUUUUAUCAGAAUGAAUGUGUCUACUAUAUCAAUAUUUUAUAUACAAGUGUAGUUGAUAUAUUAAAAGAAAUAUUGUAUUAACAUAAUCUAAAUCAUUUAUGUUAAAUGAAAUGGUUGCAAAAAAUAUUUGUCAGACCUUCUCCACAUUGAAGUGUAUGUAAUUAUAUAUAUGUUUUCACUGUUCGUCAUAUCUGUAUGUAUGCUUGUUAUGCCAUGAUGGGCUAAUAGCCUUAUGGAAUAAAUAAAAUAAAACUGAAACUGAAAUUGAAACUUAAGUAAAUAAUCAAUUUCUUAUACUUAUACUAAAGUUGCUUUAUGAAUAUGGCCCCUGAUAUCAAAUACAGGUCGAUGCCUGGAGGUGUUUUAAUUUUUUUUUUUAUUUAUUUAUUUGGUAAUGUUUCAUGUUAUUAUCCUAUUAAUUUUGUCUAAAUUUUCAAAAGAUAAAUAAAUUAAGUCAUGCUAUGUACGAUUGUUGUGUUUUCGAAGUAAUUAUGUAACAAAAUCGACUAUAAAGAGACCCGCGGUUCCCCAAAAAAACAUCAAAGGUGAAAAAUGCCACUGACCAUGAACUACAUCUAUACCCUACUUUUUAAUAUAAUAACAUUUAAACCUUCAAAUUAUAUAAAACUUACAAAAACGCAGUUUAAAAAAAAAACACCUUAUUUAGACCGAUAUCUGUCCGUACACAGCUGGUUUAUCUAUAGAAUACAUGCUUAUUGUAUAUGCCAUAUCGAUAAAUAGAGAGAUUUUCGCGCUCACGUGCUGUUAUAACACCUUUUUAUAUAUGCGCGUUUAUGGCAUGCGAAUUGCACAGUAAAUCCAAGAACAUAUGUUCUCAGGUGAGAACCUAGGUUCUCACUCCAGAUCACAAGUUUUUCAGAGAACAUAGGUUCUGACUUGGAAAAGGUAUGUUCUGGGUCGAGAACUUAUGUUUUCCACGGGUUUUCAUUGGCUAAUCGUUUAUUCUGUUAUUACACUCCAAUACAGUCGGCAUUUUCAAUCGCACGAAGCAUUGUAUAUCUGUUAUCAGAAUAUAGAUUAAAUAUAAAUAUGU